UUAAGUAUUUACGAUUGAUCGUUGUUUCAGAUCUAGAUAAAUCCAAACCUUACAAUGGAGGUGGACGAAGGGAAUUCUAAUUCUUCGGAGUCAGGAACUUCAACCCCCCAGGUUGCAGCAUCUGCGGAUAAGAAUGCCAGCAAUAAAAGAUUUGAUUUCCUGCUCAAGCAAACCGAGCUGUUCAGUCACUUCAUGGGAUCUAGCAAAGCCAGCUCCCCGCUGAAGGUCAAGGAUAAGAAGAAGAAGGUUAACAAGGGGAAGGAAGGAGAUAAUAGGCACAGGAUGACAGAGCAGGAGGAGGAUGAAGAGCUUCUAUCAGAUUUGAACCAGGCGAAGAAAACUGUGAUUAGUUUUGAUGAGUCCCCGCCAUACAUCAAGGGUGGUAAGAUGAGGGACUACCAGGUGCGAGGAUUGAACUGGAUGAUCUCCUUAUAUGAGAACAAUAUCAAUGGUAUCCUUGCUGACGAGAUGGGUUUAGGGAAAACAUUGCAGACAAUCUCUCUUCUUGGAUACAUGAAACAUUUUAGGAAUAUUAACGGCCCUCAUAUGAUCCUGGUUCCUAAGUCUACCCUGGCGAAUUGGAUGAACGAGUUCAAGAAAUGGUGCCCGACUCUCAGAGCAGUCUGUCUUAUAGGUGACCAGGAGACUAGAAAUGCAUUUAUCCGUGACGUAAUGAUGCCCGGAGGCUGGGAUGUUGUUGUCACCUCCUACGAAAUGAUCCUUCGGGAGAAGUCGGUCUUUAAGAAGUUUAACUGGAAGUACAUGGUCAUAGACGAAGCGCACAGGAUUAAGAACGAGGAGAGUAAACUCUCUUCCGUGAUCAGGGAGAUCAAGACCUCGAACCGUCUUCUCCUGACUGGAACCCCUCUCCAGAACAACCUUCACGAGCUGUGGGCCCUCCUCAACUUUCUGCUUCCUGAUGUGUUCAACUCCUCCGACGACUUCGACGAAUGGUUCAACACCAACUCCUGUCUUGGCGACAACUCUAUGGUUGCCCGUCUCCAUGGAGUUCUGAAACCCUUUCUACUUCGUCGUCUUAAGUGUGACGUGGAGAAGUCUCUUCUUCCAAAGAAGGAAGUUAAGAUCUUCAUUGGGCUGUCUAAGAUGCAGAGGGACUGGUACACCAAGAUCUUGAUGAAGGAUAUCGAUAUCGUGAACGGCGCCGGAAAGACCGAAAAGAUGCGUCUUCAGAAUAUUCUGAUGCAGCUGCGUAAAUGCUGUAAUCACCCUUAUCUGUUUGACGGUGCUGAGCCCGGGCCUCCCUACACUACAGACGAGCAUCUGAUCCAGAACUCCGCCAAGCUGCUGGUCCUGGACAGGUUGCUGCCCAAGCUGAUGGAGCAGGGGAGCAGAGUUCUCAUCUUCACACAAAUGGCGAGGAUGUUGGAUAUAUUGGAGGAUUAUUGUUGGUACAGAGGACAUCAGUAUUGCAGAAUUGAUGGAAAUACAGCUCAUGAGGACAGGGAUCGUCAAAUCCAGGAAUACAACGCGGAGAACUCCUCCAAGUUUAUCUUCAUGUUGAGCACGAGGGCUGGAGGGUUGGGAAUCAACUUGUACACGGCAGAUGUUGUCAUCAUCUAUGACUCGGAUUGGAAUCCUCAGAUGGAUCUCCAGGCUAUGGACAGAGCUCAUAGGAUAGGACAGAAAAAACAGGUCCGUGUAUUCCGGUUCCUGGUGGAGAACACUGUGGACGAGAAGAUUGUUGAGAGAGCUGAGAUUAAGCUGCGCCUGGACAGGAUGGUGAUUCAGCAGGGCAAACUAGCGGAGCAAAAGGCGAACCUCAACAAGGACGAGAUGCUCAACAUGAUCAGACACGGAGCCAACCACGUGUUCGCCAGCAAGGACGGAGAACUAGAGGAUUCUGAUAUUGAUAAGCUCCUGGAGAUCGGAGAAAAGAAAACCCAGGAACUGAACGCCAAGAUGGCCGACCUUGGGGAAUCCAGUCUUCGCAACUUUACCCUCGACACUAAGCAGGAAUCCUCACUUUAUAACUUCGAAGGAGAGGAUUUUAGGGAGAAGCAGAGAGAAGAUAUCGGUCUCCAAUGGAUUGCUCCUCCUAAGCGUGAGCGAAAAGCAAAUUACGCGGUUGAUGCGUACUUCCGUGAGGCGUUGCGUCAAGGAGCAGCCGAACAAAAGGCUCACAAGGCCCCGCGACCGCCGAAGCAGCCGAUUGUGCAAGAUUUCCAGUUCUUCCCGACUCGUCUUUUUGAACUCCUCGAUCAGGAGAUUUUCCACUUCAGAAAAACUGUUAACUAUAAGGUUCCCUUGAACUCUGAGCUUGGAUCCGACGCUAAGCGUGUUCAGAAGGAGGAGCAGAGGAAGGUUGAUGAUGCGGAGGAGUUGACGGAGGAGGAGCAGAUAGAGAAGGAGGAACUACUCAAGGACGGGUUCAGGGAUUGGACAAAGAGAGACUUCAACCAGUUCGUCAGAUUGAAUGAGAAGUAUGGUAGAGAUGAUAUGGGCUCUAUCAGCAAGGAGGUGGAAGGAAAAACACCUGAGGAGGUUAUACAGUACGCAAAGGUGUUCUGGGAUCGUUGUGCUGAGCUGCAGGAUUGUGAUAGGAUCAUGGGACAGAUAGAGAAGGGAGAAGCUAGGAUACAGAGAAGAUCAUUGAUCAAGAAAGCUCUGGACGCCAAAAUAGCAAGGUAUAAGGCUCCCUUCCAUCAGCUGAGGAUAGCCUAUGGUACCAACAAGGGAAAGAACUAUACCGAGGAGGAAGACAGGUUUUUGGUGUGUAUGCUCCACAAGCUCGGGUUCGACAAGGAGAACGUUUACGAGGAUCUGAGAGCAUCUGUUAGAUGUGCGCCACAGUUCAGGUUUGAUUGGUUUAUUAAAUCAAGAACAGCAAUGGAACUGCAGAGAAGAUGUAAUACUCUGAUCAUGCUCAUUGAGAAGGAAAUGAACGAAAUAGAGGAGAGAGAGAAGGCAGAUAGGAAGAAGAAGGGAGGGAAGGAUAAGAAGAGGAAGGGGGAGGAGGAGAGCGAGCAGGCGAAGAAGAAGACCAAAGCCUGAUUAACCUGAAUCUGACAAAUUAAUCUUGUAAUCUUGUAAUCUUGUAAACAUAAUAAAUAUUCGAAAAUAUCA